CAAUCUCGGCACCCACUUCCCUUCAUUUGUCUGUCUUCCCCACUCUCUGUGUCUGCUACAACUUUUCCCCCACCAUAAUAAUUACAGAGAAGCACUCCAUUAGUCCAUCCAUGGCAUGACAUCGUGCCCUGCACGUUAUCCUCACAGCCCCCCCUAAAACCCUUCGCCCCUGCAUACCCAUCACUCAAAAUCAUGGCCAUGAUGCCACCAUUCCUACUCUUCCUCCUCUUCUUCUCCACCUUCCAUGUCUGCUUCUGCUCCAUUCCUCCCCGUCCCUUCCCUUAUGGCAACACCUCCUACCACAUCGACUGCGGCGGCUCGGCCAACACCACUGACCCAGUCACCAACGCCACCUGGCUCUCCGACCGCUUCUUCUCCGGCGGCUCCCCCGCCGUUGUCUCCGAGCCCCUCCUCUUCCACCUCCCUCAGGAGAAGACCCUCCGCUCCUUCCCUCCCCUCUCCUUCGGCAAGAAGAACUGCUACACCGUCCCGGGCCUCCCCGCCGGCCGCUACUACGUUCGUACAUUCACCGUCUACGAUAACUACGACGGCCGGGACCGUACACCCAGCUUCGACGUCUCCGUGGAGGGCACCGUUGUCUUCAACUGGCGCUCCCCCUGGCCCGAGGAUGUUGCCCAGAACGGCGCCUACUCCGAUCUGUUCGCCUUCAUCGGGGACGGCGAGGCUGACAUCUGCUUCUACAGUGUCGCCACUGACCUGCCGGUGAUCAGCUCCCUUUCCGUCGUUCGAGUCGACCCGCUCUCCUAUGAAUCUGCCUCCAUCGGUAACAACUCCAUCCUGGUCAAUUAUGGACGGUUGGAUUGCGGGUCAGGUCAAUGGGGCCCCGGUUUCAGCAAUGACACGGACUACUUCGGCCGCUCGUGGCUGUCCGAUUCGGAUUUUCGCUCCUUGGCAUCUCAAAGGUUCAUUAACCCGAUCUUGACCCGGAACAGCAUAUCGGGGACCGACCGGGAGCCCAAUUACUUCCCCAUGAAACUCUACCAAUCUGCGAUCUCGGUCCACCAAGGUUCUCUGGACUAUGAACUGAAGGUCGAUGCGAAACUAGACUACUUGCUGUGGUUCCAUUUCGCGGAGAUCGAUUCGAGCAUGAGCUCACCCGGGAAGAGGGUGUUUGAUGUGGUGGUGAAUGGGAAAAAAGUGACUCGUGUCGAUAUAUAUGAAGCUGCGGGCAUUUUCGGGGCUUAUGAUUGGCAUUAUGUGGUGAAGAACUUGAGUAACUCUGUCCUCAGCGUGAGGCUCGUGCCCGUGGUCGGUUUUCCCUUGAUCAGCGGUCUUGAGAGUUACGCAAUUGUCCGCGUUGGUCCUUCCACCGAUCAACAGCAAGUCAUUGCUAUGCGGGCAUUGAAAGAGUCGCUCCGUAUACCUGAUAGGAUGGGUUGGAAUGGUGACCCUUGCGCUCCGACCGAUUGGGAUGCUUGGGAAGGAGUUACAUGCCGUCCCAACAAGAAUGGGACUUCCCUCAUCAUAUACGAGAUAAAUCUCGCAAGUCAAGGUUUGCGGGGCUUUAUCAGCGACAAGAUUAGUCUUCUGACAGAUUUGGUCAGCUUGAAUUUGAGUACGAAUUUUGUGGAGGGAACCAUUCCUUCUGGCCUUGGACUCAAUUCUCUUGUUCGAAUGGAUUUAUCAAACAAUCAGAUAUCCGGGCCCAUUCCUGACAGUCUAACUUCUUCGACUCUGCAACUUGUGCUAUUGCAGUACAACUUGUUGGAAGGGAGAGUACCUGAGGAGCUCUACACAGUCGGCGUCCGAGGUGGAGUUGUCGAUCUCUCUGGUAACAAAGGUUUGUGCGGUGGACCUUCUCUGUCCCCGUGCUCCCUGAUUGAUGGCGGGUUAUCUUCUGGGGGUAAAGUCGGAGUCGGCCUAUCAUCUGUUAUAGCUUUCAGUCUACUGCUGUUGGUGCUAUACGCAUGCUAUAUCAGGCGACAGCGCAACAACUACGAAUUUGGGUUCCCUCAAGAUCUAAUGGCCAUUGCUGCAAAGAGGAACCGGUAUCAACGCCAGAAGUCCCUCAUGGUCCUGGAACUGGAAAGCCAACACGCAAAAGGAUUCCCGUCACCUUUCAUUCACCGCUGAGUUGAAUUUUUGGGACACGGUGUCUGCAAAUUUAAUGGCUUUUGAGAGUAUGAGCACCGGGGGGGUGGUCCAAAUAGUUCCAUCACAUGGAGAAUGUCAAGAGCACGAGACGAGGCAAGUGGCCCGGAUGAUUAAGAGGGAUGCAACUUGCAACAAUGAGUCUUGGCUUCUUCCUCAACAAUUUGCUCCCGAAUCGGGUCCGGAGAAAAUUCCACAAUUAUCUCUUUUUUGUUCUUGACGGAAAUAUACGGUUCCAUUACAUUAUAGAACCAUACAGUUUAUACGCAAUGUCUCGGAUGAAACUACACAUGUAAAUGCAUUCACAUUAGCUUUCGAUUGGCUACGACGAAUUGCGCUUUUGCCGAUAAGUUAUGUACAGUCCCAUGAUUGGGAUGCAUAUUUAUACACUCGUAAGGGAAAGUUUUAGACCAA